CGGCUGCUUCCGCCGCUUCCGCUUCUUCCGCUGCCCCCAUUCGGCCCAGCCGAGCUUCGGUGCGCCCGGAACGCGGUCGUGCCCGAUGAAGCGGUUGCUUGCGGUCAGUCUACUACUCAGUGUGUUUGCCAAAGACCGCAAAGACUGCAAGCAUGGUGAGUGGGAUGCAUCAUCGGAGAGCUGUAAUUGCUACGAAGGUUGGACCAAGAGCGGCAUCGCGGACACGGUGAACUUCCUCGCAGGAGUUUGCGAUCAAUACAAGUGCAUCAGCGACGAAAAAUGUGAGAGUCAUGUGGGAAUUCCAGGUGCCACGUGUCCAAUCGAAGGAUGGAACUGCUACUGCGGCUGGGAGUAUGCCAUGAAGAACGACGGCCAUGGCUUUGAGACCAAAGGCAAAGGUGGCGGUGCUUGCAUGGGUGGCAUGUUCACGUUCUCCGUGUGGGCGACAACAUGGGUCGAGCUCUUUAUGAUGCACACCUGGAAAGCCUUUUUGCUUGGAGCCUUGAUUUGCCUUCCUUUUGGACGAAAGAGGGUGAACUGCGAUCACCACAUGCCCUCACUUUGGCGAAGCUUGCGUGAGCUCAUGGGCGCAGCGGAUUGCCAUGGGGAAUGCAUGCAGGUGGAUCGAUAUACCUGGACCACCUUCAAGGAUGAUGUGGCUUGGUCCUUGUACGUCUUGGACUUGGCCUUCUGGGCCUAUGCUUUCCUUCUGGUUACCUGGGCCGUGACGCUUUUCGUGUGGUCCAUCCUGCUGUGGGCGAUGGUGCUAUUGGCCUUGUUGGGCAUGCUGGUGGCGGGUGUAUGUGCGACCUGUGGAGAGGGCGCUGGAGGCGUUGACUGUGGGAACUGCAACUGUGCUUGUGACGGCUGUGGCGUUUGCGACUGCUCAGGAUGCACUGGAGCCACUGCAACGCCCGGCAGUGUGGACUUCUUCUACUGGGGAGGGCCAUACCCCUACUACGACUGUCAGUGUGCACCUGCGGGCGACUGUGACGGUUGCUGCAAUUGCGGUUGCUCCUGGCGGUGCUGCUGUGCUUGCUGCUUGCCGAUCGCUUGGAUGCUGUUCGUCUUUCCGCGUCUUCCGGAGAACGCCUGGGGCGGCUUGGUGGGGCGGCUGUGUGGCACCCACGCCCUCACGGCACCGGAGCGCUUGUACCAGGGCGGCAACUGCUUCGUGGAGUUCUUGGGCAUGUCUUGGCGAAGAGGAUCUGACCUCCACGCCGACGCUGCUUGGAGGGAAGCUGUCUACAACUUUCUGGCUCCUGGUCGUAGCGAUGAGAGCGAGGUGGGAGGAGCUCAACCACGGCCGCUGGUGCAGGCAGACGGCACCUUGCGCAACGUCGUUCCGAUUGGCCGCAAUGGGCAUGCCAUCCUCAUCGAAAGGCCCUUUGACAAGAAGCUGGAUGCCUGUGUGGAAUCCUCGUUCGCCGACUAUGCCGAGAACAAGUGUUGGAUUUGCCAAGACGACCAGCACUGCGAGUUCGAUCUUUGGUUGGGUUGUCAUCAUAUCUUUUGCUCAAAGUGUUCCACGGAGAUGUUGAAGCGCAACAUGCCGUGCCCCUUAUGCCGUAUUGCCUCCACGAGCGUCUUGAGGGGCAACUCCUUAGGCCCCCGGAUCUUCCCCUUCACGGUGAGCCCGAAGAGCAGCCGAACCACGGCGACCCAGUCCAAAGGCAACAGUCGGCGAGGUGCUCUACUUGCUGCGCCGGCAGGUACGAAUAUGAGCUGAGAUGUGGAAUGCGUUCCAAAAAGUUCCAGAAGAUUGGGUGUUGCAGGUUGCGCCGUUGCUCCUGGUGCCAGUGCGCAGCGGCUGCGCAGAAUCCGACGUCUCUCUAGCGAGGUGCAGCGGAGCUGUUGUUUCUCAGGUGGUAAGAAAUACGAACUUCAUAGAGGUAGGGGUGGG